AUGGUCAACUUCACUAUCGAAGAGAUCCGGUCCCUCAUGGACCGCCGGGCCAACAUCCGUAACAUGUCCGUCAUUGCUCACGUCGAUCACGGAAAGUCCACCCUCUCCGACUCGCUGGUCCAGCGUGCCGGUAUCAUCUCGGCUGCUAAGGCUGGUGAGGCUCGUUUCAUGGAUACCCGUCCUGACGAGCAGGAUCGGUGUAUCACCAUCAAGUCUACUGCUAUCUCCCUUUACGCCCAGUUCCCCGAUGAGGAGGACCUGAAGGAAAUCCCCCAGAAGGUCGACGGUUCUGAGUUCUUGAUCAACUUGAUCGACUCUCCCGGUCACGUUGACUUCUCGUCUGAGGUCACUGCUGCCCUCCGUGUCACUGACGGUGCCCUGGUCGUUGUCGACUGUGUCUCUGGUGUCUGUGUGCAGACCGAGACUGUCCUGCGUCAGGCCCUUACUGAGCGUAUCAAGCCCGUCCUUGUCAUCAACAAGGUCGACCGUGCUCUUCUCGAACUUCAGCAGUCCAAGGAGGACCUGUACCAGUCCUUCUCUCGUACCGUCGAGUCCGUCAACGUCAUCAUCUCCACCUACUUUGACAAGACCCUCGGUGAUGUCCAGGUCUACCCUGAGAAAGGUACCGUUGCUUUCGGUUCCGGUCUUCACGGCUGGGCUUUCACUGUCCGCCAGUUCGCCGUCAAGUACGCCAAGAAGUUCGGUAUCGACCGCCAGAAGAUGCUUACCCGUCUGUGGGGUGAGAACUACUUCAACCCCAAGACCAAGAAGUGGAGCACCAGUGCCCCCGACGGUGUUGAGCGUUCCUUCAACCAGUUCAUCUUGGACCCCAUCUACAAGAUCUUCGCCGCCGUCAACAACAACAAGCGUGAUGAGAUCAACACUCUCGUCGAGAAGCUCGAUGUUAAGCUGGCCACCGACGAGAAGGACCUCGAGGGCAAGGCUCUCCUCAAGAUCAUCAUGCGCAAGUUCUUGCCUGCCGCCGACGCCAUGUUGGAGAUGAUCUGUAUCCACCUUCCUUCGCCCGUCACCGCCCAGAAGUACCGUAUGGAGACUCUGUACGAGGGUCCCCAGGACGACGAGUGUGCCCUUGGUAUCCGUGACUGUGACCCCAAGGCUCCUCUCAUGCUUUACGUCUCUAAGAUGGUUCCCACCUCUGACAAGGGUCGUUUCUACGCUUUCGGUCGUGUCUACUCGGGUACUGUCCGCUCUGGUCUGAAGGUCCGUAUCCAGGGCCCUAACUAUGUUCCUGGCAAGAAGGAGGACCUCUUCGUCAAGAACAUCCAGCGUACCAUUCUGAUGAUGGGUCGUUUCGUCGAGCCCAUUGAGGAUGUUCCUUCUGGUAACAUCGUCGGUCUGGUUGGUGUUGACCAGUUCUUGCUCAAGUCUGGUACCCUCUCCACCUCGGAGACUGCCCACAACCUCAAGGUCAUGAAGUUCUCCGUCUCCCCCGUCGUCCAGCGUUCCGUUGAGGUCAAGAACGCCCAGGAUCUGCCCAAGCUGGUCGAAGGUCUCAAGCGUCUGUCCAAGUCCGACCCUUGUGUCUUGACUUUCAUUUCCGAGUCUGGUCAGCACGUCGUUGCUGGUGCUGGUGAGCUGCACCUUGAGAUUUGCUUGAAGGAUCUUGAGGAGGACCACGCUGGUAUUCCCCUCCGUAUCUCCGACCCUGUCGUCCCCUACCGUGAGACUGUCACUGCCGAGUCCAGCAUGACUGCCCUCUCCAAGUCGCCCAACAAGCACAACCGUCUGUACCUCACUGCUCAGCCCCUUGGUGAGGAGCUCUCGCUUGCCAUUGAGAACGGCAAGAUCACUCCCCGUGACGAUUUCAAGGCCCGUGCCCGUCUCAUGGCCGACGAGUACGAGUGGGAUGUUACCGACGCCCGUAAGAUCUGGUGUUUCGGUCCCGACACCAACGGUGCCAACCUGCUCAUCGACCAGACCAAGGCUGUCCAGUACCUCAACGAAAUCAAGGACUCUGUCGUCUCUGGUUUCCAAUGGGCUACCCGUGAGGGUCCCGUUGCUGAGGAGCCCAUGCGUGCCAUUCGCUUCAACAUCCUUGAUGUGACCCUGCACGCUGAUGCUAUCCACCGUGGUGGUGGUCAGAUCAUCCCCACUGCUCGUCGUGCCUUGUACGCCGCCUCCAUGCUUGCCGACCCUGCUAUCCUCGAACCCAUCUUCAACGUCGAGAUCCAGGUUCCCGAGCAGGCCAUGGGUGGUAUCUACGGUGUCCUUACCCGCCGUCGUGGUCACGUCUACACUGAGGAGCAGCGUCCCGGUACUCCUCUGUUCAAUGUCAAGGCCUACCUGCCCGUCAACGAGUCCUUCGGUUUCCCUGGAGACCUCCGUGCCGCCACCGGUGGUCAGGCCUUCCCUCAGUCCGUCUUCGACCACUGGGAAGUCCUGCCUGGUGGAUCUCCUCUUGACCCCAACACCAAGCCUGGUCAGGUCGUUACUGAGAUGCGUAAGCGCAAGGGUAUCAAGGAGCAGGUCCCUGGUUACGAGAACUACUACGACAAGCUGUAA